AUGUCGACCGUGGACCAGAAGCUUGUCAAGCGCCAGCGCUUUGAGGGCGUGUUUUCGCAGAUUGUUGAAGAGCUUUUGCAGUUCCUCCAGUCGCAAAAUAUGCCGAAGGAGGCCGUGGACUGGUACAAGCGCAACCUUGAAUACAACACACCAGGCGGAAAGCUGAACCGCGGCCUGUCUGUGGUCGACACGGUAGAAAUCCUGCUGUGCUCGGACGGCAAGCGCGAGCUUAGUGAGGAAGAGUAUGUGCAAGCUGCUGUGCUGGGCUGGUGCGUGGAGCUGCUGCAGGCCUACUUCCUCGUGGCCGACGACAUGAUGGACGCGUCCAUUACGCGCCGUGGACACCCAUGCUGGUACCGUGUAGAGGGUGUGGCGAAUAUUGCGAUCAAUGAUGCCUUCAUGCUGGAAGCUGCGAUCUACCAUUUGCUCAAGAUCCACUUCAAGGGCAAGCCAUACUACGGCCACCUGCUCGAGCUGUUCCACGACGUGACCUUCCAGACGGAGCUGGGUCAGCUGAUUGACCUUAUCACGGCUCCUGAAGACUCGGUGGAUCUGUCCAAGUUCUCCCUGGACAAGCACCACCUCAUUGUCGUGUACAAGACGGCCUUCUACUCCUUCUAUCUUCCCGUGGCCCUGGCGAUGCGCAUGUGCGAGGUGGAUGACGAGAAGCUGUACCAACAGGCGCAGGACAUUUUGAUCCCCCUGGGUGAAUACUUCCAGAUCCAGGACGACUACUUGGACUGCUAUGGCGCGCCGGAAGUCAUCGGCAAAAUUGGCACGGACAUUCUCGACAACAAGUGCUCGUGGAACAUCAACGUGGCUCUGGCGCAUGCCACACCGGAGCAGCGCAAGGUGCUGGAUGAAAACUAUGGUCGCAAGGAUGCGCAAUGCGAGCAACAGGUCAAGGACGUAUUCAACGCCGAGAACAUUGAUCUCAAGGCCAAGUUUGCUGACUAUGAGCGUCAGAGCUACGACCGCAUUCAUGCCCUGAUCCAAAACAUUCCCGAGGACUCGGGACUGAAGCGCUCUGUGUUUGUCACCUUUUUUGACAAGGUGUACAAGCGUUCCAAGUAG